AGAUCAAAUAGUAGAUCACUCUUUGCUGCUUUUGCGAUAAGGUCAUUAAUGUGCAAAAGUAUAUAGAUGAGCAGUAACGUCUGAUCAUUAAAAGGAAGACUAUUGUAAGAUAUAUUCAAUUAAGCGAUAAGGCAGUUUCUUUAAUUUUUACAAAAUGCACUAUUGUACAAGAAGAGCUUUUAAGUUUAUUAUGGAUUUAGCAAUAAUAUUUCUGACAUUCCUUGUAUUGGACACAACCUGUGCUAAAAAUAAAGAUCUAAAGAGAUUACAUAAACAAGUAUAUGUCAACGAUGAGGAUAUUUUACGAUGCUGGAACCAAUCCACAAACAGGGAUACGUUGUCUUUUUACAAAGACAGCAGUUGUAUUGUUAGGUUGGAUGCUAAAAAAUCAUGUAGCACUGUCAGAAAUUGUCCAAAGGUCUGUUUUAGCAAAAGGAAACGGAUUGGAGACGAUGGAAUGAAAAAGACUAUUACAAAAGUACACGAAAUUGGUGAAAGUUGGACAACAAAAAGACAUUCGUGUAAAUGUUUUCUAGCUAAGGACGUUAUGCCAGGAAGUAUGCCGAACCUUUUAAUGGAUAACUUUGGAGUAUAUAUACCAACUCCACAUCAACUUCCCCGCAGCGUUUGCCAUCCAAAGGGUUGUGUGCAUCCAACUAAAAACAAACAUGUAAAAGAAGGUGCAACAAUGCGAUCACCACGAGGUAUAUGCACGUGUGUUAAGGGAUCUGAUCCAGACAAGAGCAAUGUUGACACGUGGUACCAUUGGAGCUGUGCCAAUAACGAUGUACAUUAAUAGGGCUAGGGAGUAACAAAGAAACGCUUCUAACUAUGGUCGGGCAAAUAUGAUCAUCCCAUAUGGACACUUUUUCGAAAAUUUUCUGGAUUUAAUGUUUACGAUGUUAGAUACAUCUUAUCCGAUCUUUUAUAAUGUUACUCAUCAAAUUCAAGCCCAACUUUUUCAGUACUAUUAUGAAACAUUUUCCCGCAGAAUUCCAAUGUUAAGACUCAAACCAGUAAAGUGAAUGGUAAAGACAUAUUGAUGAGCUGUUUGCUAAAUUGAAAAUGGGUACAGUUACCCGUCAAACAGUUCAUUGGAAUAAAUAGUUUUAAAACGCAAAGGACAUAAAAGAAUAUGUUAAUAUGUAAAAUAAAAAUAUGUUUGCAGUUUGUGUUUUGGUCUACCUUUCAAAAACUGGUAGCCUAUCGUAUAUGGGUAAUG